AUGAGUCGCAAGAGUUCCCUUCCUUUGCCGACUCGACUUACACGUCCAUCAUUGGACGAAAGCAUCGAAGGGAUCCUGCGCCAAACCGCUCCUUCAGAGCCGUUCAUGAAUUCCAUGGCAGGCAAACAUCCCGUGGCGGAUGACGUCCCAAGUCAUCUUGUGAAAGUAUUUGCCAUCAAUGGAGUCAACCAGAACAACGAUCUUUCUCGAGCUACCCCUAAAGAUCAAGGCAAACUUAUGGACGUCAAAGAAGUGUUAUCCACAACGGCUCCUCGCGAUGACGAGUCCUUCGUUGAUAGUGAUGGGGAGUCAGGAGUCAGCAUCCAUGGCUACGAUUCUUUUGGAGGCUAUCGAGUCCGACGUAUUCUGAAUGGGUCUAGGAUGGGUCCGACUCUUCGCAUCACAGACUCUGCAAGUCGAGUGCUGCUGGGCCAAGACGACAAAAACACAUUGAACAAGAGAAGUCCCAAGUCUGCUUUGAGACACAAGGGAAGCGCUCCUGAUAUUGGCUCUCCACGCAUGGCAAAAGACCAGAUCAGACGAUCCAGCGCCAUCUUCGGCCGCUCGAUGUCUCUUGUGAGAAACCUCGCAGAUCGGCCCUCAAACCAGCUGAAACAUGCAGACCAAGACGAGACUCGGAAUCUCAUUGGUGAGGAUAGCUCUGUGGACACCGUUGUGCGAGCAGAGCUACCUGGUAAUAACAUCGAUACUGAACAUGGCUUGCUCCUAGGCUCCCACAUGGACCUCAGUGGCACAGAAGGGAACAAGCAGGCCGUUGUUUCCCAGACAACUCCAACCUCUAUUCAGAGUGACUGGCCCUGCAAAGACUUUGCAAGUUUCGAACCGCGCUCUGGCCAUGAUGCUAUUGCCGCGAAACAGAAGGAAAACACCUCCAGCAGUGCGACUGGUGGACUCGUCACGAAACGUCCUACACCCAGCUCAUUGUCCCGGCCACCUACCAUUGUCUUGCGUACCGCCCCGAAUAAAGAAACAGCACCUUUCUUAUUCCAGGACCUUGGACAAGAGCAAGCCAAACAGGAGAAACUCGUCAACGAUCUCGCGAAAGCGACACAUGACGAGGCGGCAAUAAUUUCGGGGCCUCAAAGUACUACCCCUUUUCCACCACGUACUUCGUCACGGAAGCCCAAACCACCUCCAAUCAUUGUCUCUCCACCUGAGCGUCACCUUCCUGCAAUCAGCUUCCUCCCGCAGCGAGCACCAAAAGCAUACGCGGUUAGCCAGGAUAACAUUAAAAAGCCACGCAAUGUAAAGACCUUUUCGCAGAGCAUCUCUCCCCGCACUGACUCCGUCAAGGGACGGAAGAUAUCACACGUGCUAGCACAUAGUCCCUCGAGUUCCAGCAAGAAGAAAGUCAUCUCCAAUAUUCGAGGUCUGUUCCACAAGAGGUCGGUGGAAUCGAAUAAAGCAACAACGGCUGUCGUUGAGACCACCACCGUGUCGGAAGAGGUGACCUCGCAGCCAGGUAGGCCAGCUGGUGCGCCCGGAUCUCUACGACGCAAACCAGUUCCAGCUUCAACGUCAGCAGAUGCGGAUGAUAAGAGGGCGAGUCCACCACUUCAAGUGAAUGCUAGCGGCAGGGGGCAACCAGGACAAGUUAGCCCGAAGUUGACUCAAUCUGGCCUACCGAAUUCCGACUAUCCACGCUUCCCUUACGGAAACCAGGCGACAGAACCACGCCUUGAGCUCGGUCGCACGGACUCAAGAGCACCGAAGCGGAAGAAUCCGUUGAUUAGCCCGACUACCCCUUUCACGGCAAACCUCAACACAUCAAUGUAUCCAAGUUCGCCUCUCCCAAGCAGUGCAGUUGCCGCUAACCCAACGAUAAACAAGAUGGUCUCUCCCACCCUUCACGCCCAUCCACAAGCACGAUCGCCAGCAACUUUAUCGCCAACCAUUCCACAGACACUAGCUGCCACGACAAGCAUGACCCACUCUCUCCUAGAUCUCGCGCGCACCUCGGCUGACCCUAACCGCAAGGCACACCUUAUCCAACUCUCAAAGUGCAUGGUUGAAGUCGUUGGCUCUGCCAGAGACGCGGAAAAGGCAAUGGAGAAGGCCAGGAUGGAGGCGAGCCACGCGGAGUGUGCAUGGUUGAAAUGUUUGAAGGAGAUUGGACAGGUGGAAGGUCUGGUUAGGGGUCUGAUUGAGCCCGAGACAAUGAGGAAGUGA